AAAUCUUGAAGACCUGUUGACAAUUUGAUAACACAAGUAGUCUGUAUUGUAACAAUGGCAAGAUCGAAUGAAAAAGUUUUACGAGAUCCCGCGCUUUUGAUGUAUUUAAACAAAAUGAAUUUAAUCCAAUUGUGAUAGACAUUCGCGAUGUGACAUUCGUAACAAAGGAAAAGAUGAUGAAAGAAGUGUUCGUUACUGCUGAAAAACUAGCAGAGGAAAUUAGAAAUAUACAAAAAUGUUUACAAUGCACAAUUUGCUUGAAUACCAUAUCUGAGCCAGUGAAAACCCUUUGUGGGCAUCGAUUCUGUCGCCAGUGCAUUCAAACGCUAUUGCAAAGUAAAAAUGCUCUCUGUCCACUCUGCAACCGUGCUAUACAGCGUCGCAGCAUUUCUAAGGACGAACACAUGAUAUUAUACAUCGAUGGACUGCAGAAACUAAUCGAAGCGGUGCAAUCGGAUUCAGGCAUCUGUAUACUGUCUCAUUUAUCGAGACCACGCUGCACGCAACAAAGCGAAUCGUCAAGUAAUACCGAAUUCAGUAGAUGUGACAGAAAGGAGUUGAUCAAACCGAGCUGUUCUUACGUGGACACCAGUCUACAAAAGGAAGCCAUUCCCAAAAAAAAAAGAGGUCGACCUCGAAAAAACCUGACAUCACAGAAAAACGAAACGGAAUCUACGCAGAAGAAAGGCGGCGCUAUCACAAAAUACUUAUCAAAAUGUGGUUUGUCUGGCAUAGGACAGUUAAAUGAGUCGAAUGAUUCUCUAGACGAGAAUCAGUUACAGAGCAAAGUAACAACCUGGCUGGAGAAUCUGUCCAAGCAGGAAACGUUAGACAGUCCUUAUAAAACUGAAAUCGUACAGUCUCCAACAUGUGAUUUUAACGACACGUUAAUUAUGUCAGUUUCUCAAAACGAUUCACAGAUCAAGAUCGACAAUUUUGACAAAGACGUUGAUACGAGGAUGAAGGAUGACGUUAGUCAACCUGUCAGACAGGUUCGAAGGACAUCUUUGAGGAGCGAGAAUAACGAAAGCGAUUCGAACAAUACGAGCGAUCGCAGGACGUCUACGGAGACGAAGACUGCGAUUGCUUCGUCAAAGCUGGACUUUGAUACGAUGAAUUCGAAGCCGAGCACGUCGAGGAUGACGAGAUCGUUUGACGAUAGUAAGGAAAAGAGCGAAGAGAAAUUCAUAGACGUUAACAGGACGUCACCCUGUGACAUGUUGUCCAGCAUGCAGAAGAAUUGGUCCUCUGUAGAGAAGUUUGGCAAAGAGAUGCGCACGAGGAAGAAGAGAUUGAAAUCCUUGAACGUGAGCAUCGAGAACAAGGGAAAAUCUCGGUCAGUGAAUGAAGAUACGGCGAACCUGAACAAAGAGGAAAAUGCGAAGCCGAAAGUUAUCGACGACAUAGGUAAUGGACGAACGAGGAAAAGAAAGGGGUCGGUGAUGGCUGAAGACGUCGCGAAUGUCGCCGUGGACGAAAGAUUCGACGACGGGAUGAAAAGUUCGGCAAAAAGUGAUUUUGUUGACGCGAGAGAUGCGUUGUCCCCGAGGGAUAGAAAGGAUAGAUCGAUGUCAGAGAAAGUUCAGUCGACCACUGAAUCGUCCUUUAUCACGCUAGAAGAGGGUAGGCAGGUACACAUUCGAUAUUUGAACACCUGUCAGAUGAACACGAUUAUCGGCGUAACAUACGAGGAUUCACGAGCUGGCAUUGAAGCGGACCAAACGAAUAAUGGCGAGGAAACGAUGCUCCCUACAAAGGGACACGUCGAUCCAUUCGAUACGCCUUUCUACGAUCGAGAUAAGAUAUUUUCUCAAGCGUCGCUGGUUAAAUCAAACAGUGAUCAAGGUGGACCGAAUCUGCUUGAUGAAUCGCGUAAUGAGGAAAAUUGUUCUCCGACACCAACGAAAAAGAUUACGAUGAUCGAUGAAGCUGAUUCUACCUCAAACUUACAAACUUCAACGCCUCAUCGCAGAAGAUUGUCUCUGAAGAGAAAAAGUACAGAGUUUAAAUUGAAUAAUUCUCCCAGUCCGAUUGUUGAUUCUCGUGUUGGUCUGCAGGCUGUUAGACGAGACUUGAGAUUUGAGAUUGAGCGUGAAAGUGAUCAGGCUGAUGGAAACGUUGGCGCAGAUAAGAGAAGUCCGGAGGAAGCAAUUGGAACACAGAAACGUAGAGCUUCUACAGAUGAUAAACUGGAUGGUAAACGUGUCAGAGGCUUGACUGCCACUUCAACCGAGUUUGCAAACAGGAGGCUGGAGAACAGCGGGUGCAAUGUGUCCCUGGUCACGUUCAGGAAACUAGGGAAAACUUUCAAGCGUAGCAGAAAACGAAUUCCCUUCUUGUAUCUGGGAACAACCAAACGGAAAGCGAUGGUGGGCCAUUAUCCAGGGUUCCAUUUACAAAGACCGUGUAAUCCGAUUGAUAUAUUGGACACGCUGGAUUAUACAAUUCAAGAUGGCUUUGGUAACAACGCACUAAUCGCGUUGAACGAUACACAGAUAAUAGAUGAGGACGAAGGCAAAGAAGCAGAACCUGUCGCGACAGUAAGUACUGUAACUGAAGCGAUCGUCUUCAAUAAUCAGAUAGAUUAUCGUGAAGAAAAUCCGCCUCAAGAAAUUCAGGAGAAAAUUGUUUCAGUUGUUGAGAUCCCUGACAGUGUUGAAAAUAAAUCUCCAGAUAUAGACGUACUCUUGGUAUCUCUGAGUGCAAAUAAAGAACCAUAUCUCUUACCAUGUGACGAACAGUGUACUAAAUCAAAUAAUACGUCGACCAAGAAUACCGUAAAGAUGAUACCAUCAGCAAAUGACUCCCAGUUACAGUUCCUCUCUUUAAAAUCCCCCCCGAUCGACAUUUCACAGACCCAGAAGCUGAUCCACGAAACUGAACCUGACACAGAGACCAACAAAGUCUCUGUCUCUGGAGGUUUCUUACACAUGUCAGAUCAAUCCGAUUCUCCCCGUACGCCAGUGAGAAAAAGGAAGAGAUUUGAUAGUCAAGACAAGUUCUCUAAUAGAAUGAAAAGACAGUCUAUAGUCAGCGACGAGGAGGACGUUUGCUCCAAUCACAGUUUCUCGUCAGAGAUCACGUGCAUUAGGAACGACAACAAAGAAGUCCCAUUCUUCCAGACCAAUUUAGGCGAAAAUUGUCAGUCCUCUGAUCCUAGCAGCAAAGACACGGAAAUCGUGCCGGUAAGCUCUAGCUCAAAUAUUGCAGCCAGCGAAGAAGGAAACAAGAAGAAGGUGUUUAAGAGAAUUUUGCCAAUCGCCAGUUCAAGCACUGAUUCCCCGGACAUUGUCUCUCAAGCCGUCUCUCCAACGACCAAGCGAAAACGAGACGUUUCUCCUGAAGUUAGCGACGGAGAGUGGAACGCGAUCGUGCACAGCUGGGUCGACGAGAGGUGCAAAAAGAAAGGUAAGUUGGAGCAAACUCGUGAUUCCUCUAAUUUGAUGAAUGCGUCUCGCGCGGUUAAAGACAACGCUUCGUUGAAGUCUGGCUCGUCAGAUCGUGACAAAUCUACCAACAAACUGUCUACGCUGCAGUGUAGACAGCAGUUAGACUUCGCUGGUAGAUACAGCGACGAAGGAACCAAUUUCAGUGGAUCCAAGUGGAGGAAGAGUUUGGAGCUUAAGAAUUCGUCGAUUGCUGUCGAGGACUCGCCUGAUUUUGAAUUGACGAUAGAUCGAAUUAAAAAUAUACGAAACAAAACAACGGAACUCAUACAGCCGGAUACUUACGACGAUAUCAUAGCAAAUGCAGACUAUGAAGAAGUCAUUAUAGAGGACGAUAAUGGAAAGAACAGAAAAUCUAGAAGAGAAUCGGUCGAGUGUUUGGAGAUAGAUAGUUACGAGAGAAAAUCUAAAUUAGCAAGAUCGUGUGUUGAAAGUUCUUAUUCGUCGAGUAAAGAUGUUCUGUGCGUACAUUCUAAUGGAUCUGAUAAGGAGAAUAAUAACCAGCAAAUAUCUGGUGCAUUGUGCGAUAGUGACAAUGAGAAUGAAGAGAUACUGCUUCCGGUAUAUGUAAAUGUGGUUAAUGAGAGUUCGAGGAAGAAUAGAUUACAAGAAAAUUCAUUCAAGUCAUCCGGCAACGAAUCGAUAUGUAUUUCAAAUAAAUCAUUGAGACAGGGAUCAAUGACUUCUUCUUCUCAAAAGCAUCCAACGAAUGCGAGUGUGAGCAAUUCUACAAUUAAGGAUAUGUCCGAACAUGAUUCUUUGAUGGACAUCACGCAACAUGAUCUGAUGAUUAAACAAUUUGAGAUGGAUCUGUUUGAGAAAAAUUAUAAAAAUUCUAACGUGCCUUUGGAAAUGGAAAAGAAGAUUCUACAGACGCCGAAGCGUAACAAGAAGUGCUCAAACGCAGAUGGAAAGGACGUCGAACACUCGGGUGAAGAAGACGACAUUGUCGAGAACACUCCUAACACAAAGACGAAAAAUUUGGGAGCGAUCAAUUCGACGCAGAGAAGUGUGAUAUCGUCGUCCUCGGUUUCGAAGACCUUCGAAAAAACAUUGCCUGCCAAAAUUCUACAGUCGGCGACCGGAAGAUGCCUCACCAAUAUCAGCACUCCAAAUUCCACGAUCAGCAUUCCUCCUCUCUACCAGAGCACCCCGAAAAUGCAUCAGUCUACCUGCAAUAACGCCACGAAGCUUGUUCCUCGCGCGAAUGAACCCUCUAACAAGCAGACGAAGGAUUCCAUUCAGCGAAAUAUGAAUCGAAGCGUUCAGGGAAACACUGUUCAACGUACAAAUAACAUUGAGGAAAGUGUUCAAAUUAUAAAUAACAGUGAGGAUAAUAUCGUUAAAAUUACAAAUAAUGUUCGAGGCGUUGAGAAAAAUAUCGCUCAACGCGCACACUAUACCAACAGACAGAAGUUCUGUUUUGUAUGCAGCGGGCUGACAAUUCAUGAAAUCGAUCUAGUGAAGAAGUUAACGCAAAUGCUGGACGGUAGAUACCUGGCUCAGUUCGAUAAGGAUGUAACACACGUGAUCGUGAAAGCUGACAAAAAUAACGGAGCUAGCAACACGUUGAAAUACCUGCAGGGUAUAGUCCAUAGGAAAUGGAUCGUGAGUUAUCAGUGGGUAGUGGAUUCGGUAAAGGAGCGAAGAUUAGUGAACGAGGAACCGUACGAAGUGGUAGAUUCGAAGACUCUCGAAGAAGGCCCUCGAAAAUCGCGAUGCAGAGAGAAGGGUUUAUUCGAGGGAUUCUGCUUUCUAUGUAUUGAACCGUACAUCAACGUUUCUAUAGAACAGUAUCAGGACUUGCUACGGGCUACGGGUGCCAUCGUGGUCGACUCGUUAUGCGCUCUAGCCGCUGAGAAGAAUUUGAUGAAGAUCAUUUUGAUUCAGGCCGACCUUCAUGAAUUCCAAAUUAUUGAAUGGUACAAACAGACUCGUGCCAUAGCAAUCGUCGACGAAUGGAUAGUCGAGUGUAUCAGUCAGUACAAACUGAUAUCGUUCUAUCCAUAUCUGCAGGAGUUGUCGCGACAGGACGUUCUCGCGCUUGGUUAUCCGGAAUAUCUUGUCGAAGAAGAGACUGGCUGGGAUUCUGAUAGCACGUGCGAUUUGUAGACAUGACAUUCAGCGGGGCUCCAUUGCUUUUAGCAUAAUUUCAUGUCGAGCAUUACUCACUUCCGCUCAUUUCCAUGAAUUUAAACCCCUUAUCAGUGCCACAUCGUUUGAAUAAUUUGCGCAUAUUAUACCUAUGAUUUAGUUUAGAAAAUUUGUAUAUUUUUUAGUUAUUAUAUAUAUUUAGGGAAAAUAGUCUAUAACAAAGGGAAUAUUUGUUUUUGCAACAGAUUUUGUUCUCGUAACAUUGUUUAAGGGUGAAUUAAGUUACCAUAUAUGUGGAUUUUUGAUGGAAGUGAUUACGUUUAAUGAGGAAUUUUUUGUAUGUAUCGCUGAUAGUAAUAUUUAUGGCAGGAUAUAAGACAUUUUGUUAUCAUUUUUACCACUGUGAUUACAUAUAUGAAUAUUUGAUCUCCUAACAAGAUCAAAAUAUAUCAUGGUAACAGUAAGUUUAACAAAGAUAUUCUGUUCUCGUUAAAUUAAUUUAGAUUUCCACAACAAAACUUUCAUUUAACUUUUUCAUCGCAUCCAUCAAUGUUCCACACACUUCGCUAACGAAAACAAUCAUAAUGUAAUUACUAACAAAAUUAUUUUCUUAUAUUACCAGUUGAAAAAAUUAUCGAUACUUAUUAAAAAUUUGUUCAAUUAGUAUGUUAACUUUUGUAUUGCAUUGAUUUUGAACAAUUUAUUUUACCAUCAACAUACAAAUCAAUAUUCCAAAUUCUGUUUCAUACUGCAAUAAAUACGAAGAUCAAUUAAAACUAAAUAAUCAGAUCUAGAAAUAAUCAGUAGUAAGUUCAAGCUUUAUCCACAGCAACACAAAAGCAUUUCAAAUCAUAUAAGUAACUAUAGACAUGUUCUUCUAUUUUAUUAUUAUUAUAUAUAUAUAUAUGUGUGUAUAUAUUAUAUAUAUUAUUUUAUUUUUAUAUGCACCAAAAAGAUAUCAGCAAAAUAACACCAGCUAAGAAUAAAAUCUAAAUUCAUAAGAAAGAUAAUAAAUUCGUGUCUUAUCCGCAAUACACAAUAACAGAAGAGUGCCUCGUAGAUCAUAAUAUUUAUAUUAAUAUUAAUCGUAAAUAUAUUUUUCUACAUACAUAUAUCAAAACAAUCACCCAAAUAUGAUCAAUUUAAAAUAAAAUCUACAUUUGUACAAAAAUAAUAAUUAGGAAUACUAAUCUCGCGCUUCAUCCACGAAACGUAGCAAUAGAAAAGAGCAAUUCUCCGCGAGACAUGUUCUUAUUUGGAUUGUUUUAUAUUACAACGCGAACUCGAACAUUCGCACUCCUCAAAGAUAGGGCAGCGGCUCUUUUCUUAAAUAUUUACAAUAUUCGCAAACAAUACUUAUUAUCAUUUUUCGUUUUACCAAUCACCGAACGAUCGAUAUAACUGAUUUUUGAAAGCAUCUUCAACGCGACGCACGACUUUAUAUAGUCUCAGCAAUAUAUUUUCUUCUUUCUAAAUAUCAAGCGACACGCAAAAAUAUCCAAGUAGAAUCAAAAGAAAGCGCACCUAUAAGAAAAUAAUUAUUAGGAAUGAUAAAUUCACGCUUCAUCUGCCAAACACAACGACACGAAAGAACUCCAUAAAUCAGUCCACAUCCCCUCACAAUGCUCAUAGUCAGCAAGCCCGAAUGCUGUGCGUUGAAAUUUUGUAAUUACAUGAAACACAUAAGAUGUAUCUAGUUGCGAAUACACAGCCCUGUUUAGGGCGAGGCAUGUGAUAGUGCUUGGAACGUGCAAUAUCAUGAUCAUGGGUGGAUUUAGGUACUGCGUGUUGCGAAGAGCAUUCAGGCCACUCACGUAUUCACAGAUACAGGCAAAGAAUAUUGAUUUGCCCAGGACCACCUGUAGGCAACUCUCGUCUAACAUUUCUCACGUAUACACAUACAUAGACACGCGCGUACACCAUGUCAGUGGUUAUGAAUCUAGUCCAAUUGCCAGCAACCAAGGAGAAAUAAUCACUGUGUCCGUUAUGCUCUCUAUUUCGAUGCACUCUAACUGCACAGAAAGAUAAUCAUUGCGAUCGAUAGUCGUUUGUAUUUUCUAUUUCUUCUCCUUUCCUGGCUCUUUUCUCUGUUUAUUCCUCAUACUUUUUGUACUUCUUUUCGUCGUUAAUUAUUCAUUGCGUUUCACGUUUAUAGAUAGAAUCACCCUGAAUUUUUCAAUUCUUAUGAUGGUUCAUAAAUAUUGGCACAUUUACUGAUUUUAUACAAAACGUAAUAAUAGGUGUAAGCUAUCAAAGGAACUGUUAAUUGACGAAAAUUAUGUAGUACAAAUGUCCAGGAUAGCUGGCAAAAUUUGUUAAAAAUCUCGUGCGCGACUUGCAGAAAAAUAACGAGAUCGCGUACCAUAAAUAUGAAUUUAGUUCACAGCAAUUCUUGGGACGCAUAAAUUAAUUUAAGAAGAUUUAUAAUGGAAGAAAUUUUCUUUUUUUAUUUUUUACUUUUUCCCUGAGGGUUCUAUUCUCUACGGUUGCCAGUAGCGGUAUAGCUAAACCACCGUGUUGAGUGUUAUAACGCGAUGCAGCAAGCACCAGACCAUCGCUAUUUUUCAGAAAUAGAAUUUUAGCCUUAUCCAUGUGCCAGAACUCAGGUGGUACGAGAGUAAUUUUACGGGUUUGGAAUACUCUGUACUUUUAACUUGCACGCGCCACUUCUUCGCUCAAUAGCCGAGACACUGUUAUAAAUCUUGGAGUUUCCAGACGGCCAUACGACGGCCAAGCUAACAGUUCCCGCGACAAUAACUCGUACCCUCUGGAAUAUUCCGCAGGGAUUGUACAUUUCACCACCUCGACGCAUACCUCCACACAGCUAUACAGCUCUGAGAUCUCCCUUCCAAAGGCACGAAGUGCAAUGGAGCGAAGGGUACGAGACAUAAGA